GAUAACGGUUACGUUCAACAUCAAUAACAGCAUUCCGCCCUCGGCUGAUGAUGACGGGCAAGAAGAGCAGAAGCCUGAUGAGCAGGAGCCUGAUCUUACAUCAACUCCAAACUUCGUGGUCGAAGUAAUAAAAGAUGAUACAAAACAGACCCUUGUUCUUGACUGCCAUUAUCCUGAAGACGAGGUUGGACAUGAGGGAGAGGAAGAGAGUGAUAUUUUCACGAUUCGGGAGGUCAGUUUUCAGCCCACUGGAGAAGCGGACUGGAAGGACACCAACUACACCCUCAAUACGGAUUCCCUCGACUGGGCUCUGUACGACCACUUGAUGGAUUUCCUGGCUGACCGAGGAGUGGACAACACGUUCGCUGAUGAGUUAAUAGAGCUGAGCACCGCACUGGAGCACCAGGAGUACAUUAAAUUCCUUGAAGACCUUAAGAGCUUCGUCAAAUGUCAGUAGGUGAGGCUGGGAAAGUUACCUUCAAGUGUGGGUAUUCCACAGCGCUGCUCCAGCCAGCAGUACCCAAGUACACCUUCACAACAGAUACGGGGCGUAAGUAGCUGGGAAUGUGGAGAACGAGGAUUCUCACUUAUAUUUGGGGAUUUGUAUUUACGUUGCAGCCCAGAUCAAGUCCUCCAGCGUUAUGGUCCAGAAUCGCCUCACCCUACUUGGUGGGUUUUGUACAAUUAAGAGUGAAUGUGAAGAAUAAAAUCUGUUCAACAUA